AUGGCGGACGAGGAGGUUUGCCCCGUCUGCCACGACCCGCUGGGCGACGCGCCCAAGGCCGUGCAGACGCUCUGCGGCCACAUCUACUGCGCCGACUGCCUGCUCGAGUGGCUCCAGCAAGCCAAGCGCUGCCCGCUCUGCAACGCGGAG